AUGCACCAGAAAUAUCUACAACAACAGAGACUUCCACAAUCACAACAACUUGCAGCAGAAACAUCUACAACAACAGACACUUCCACAAUCACAACUGCUCCUGAAACAUCCACCACUAGUGCAGCAGAAACAUCUACAACCACAGACACUUCCACAAUCACAAUUGCUCCUGAUACAUCCACCAGUAGUGUGAGUAGUGUGGCUACAACAUCAGAGAGCUCCACAACAACAACUGCUCCUGAAACAUCCACCACUAGUGCAGCUAGUGCAGCUACAACAACAGAGACUUCCACAAUCACAACAAAUCCUGUUGAAACAUCCACAAAAACAGAGAUUUCCACGAUCACAACUCCACCUGAAACAUCCACCACAAUAGUGUGGCAGAAACAUCUACAACAACAGAGACUUCCACGAUCACAACAACUGCUCCUGAAAUAUCCACCACUAUUGCAGCAGAAACAUCUUCAACAACAGAGACUUCCACGAUCACAACAACUGCAGCUGAAACAUCCACCACUAGUGCAGCAGAAACAUCUACAACGACAGAGACUUCCACGACCACAACAGCUCCUGAAACGUCCACCACUAGUGAAGCAGAAACAUCUACAACAAAAGAGACUUCCACGAUCACAACAACUGCUCCUGAAACAUCCACCACUAGUGAAGCAGAAACAUCUACAACAACAGAGACUUCCACACACCAACAGCUACAACAACAGGGCCUCAGCUACCACAACAACUGCUGCUGGAACAUCCACCACCGGUGAAGCAGUUAUCACAACAGUGCCACAAACAACAACUACUAGUGGAGCAGUUACCAUGACAGCACCACCGACAUUUAUGUCAUUCUCUCCAUCUUUAAAUGUCUCUGAGAGCACAACUGUUAGUACCAUUCAAACAUCUGGAACAACAACAACAACAGGAUUCUCUGCACUAAAAACAGAAACUUCUGUUUUUACUUCAGCAACUCCCUCUUCAACUCCCUUAAACACUACAAAUGGUAGCACAGCUGGAACAUCAACACAUUCAUUUGCCUCGACCACUAAUAAAACCACUGUCUCAACCACUAAUGCAACAACAACAACAAGACUCUUGACAUCUACAACUCAAGUGCCUGCGACUACAACUACAAAAUCUGCACCCGUGUAUCUAACAGUUCUGGUGUUCCGCUCUUUAGACAACUUUACAGUUGAACUCAGUGAUCCAACCUCUCAGGCCUUCAAGAAAAGGGCUCAGCUUGUCAGAUCUCAGCUUGAAACAAUCUACAAAGCAAAAUAUAUUUCCUUUAUUGAAGUGAUUGUCUUGCUUUUCAGACAAGGGUCAGUAAUCACGGAAACACAGCUAGCUUUCAACUCCACACAACCUGUUCCAACUGUUCAAGAGAUUUCAGACACCCUCUUUACAGCAGUGAUAACAGGAGGUGUCAAUCCACUGAACAUAACUCCUUAUUCAAUUUCAGUCAAUGGUUCGAUUAUUAACGUGACUACUUCAACUACAGCAUCAACAACAACAACAACAGCAAUGACAACAAUAACAACACCGACAACAACAACAACAACAACAACAAGACCCUUGACAUCUACAAGACCCUUGACAUCUACAACUAAAGUGCCUGCAACUACAACUACACAAUCUGUACCCAUGUAUCUAACAGUUCUUGUGUACCGUUCUUUUGACAUAUUUAUAAUUGAACUCAGUAAUCCAAGCUCUCAGGCCUUCAAGUCAAGAUCUGAGGUUGUCAGAUCUCAGCUUGAACCAAUCUACAGAGCAAAAUAUCCUUCCUUUAUCAGAGUGAUUGUCAUAAGUUUCCGUCCUGGGUCAAUCAUCACAGAAACCCAACUAGUUUUUAACUCCACACAACCAGUUCCAACCGUUCAAGAGAUUUCAGAAUCCCUCCUGACAGCAGUGGUAACAGGAGGUGUCGAUCCACUUAACAUAAUCCCUUCAACAGUUUCAGUCAAUGGUUCAGACUCUUAUUAUAACCACUGGACUCUUUCCAGAAUGGAGGGAAAAGCUUUUAUUAUAAUGUGCAUUUUCAUUGCAACAGUCCAAUCCCAAAGUACAACAAACUCCACAACAGAUUCAACAUCAUCACCAUCAUCUGUUAGUACAACCGACCCCUUCGCAACACCCACAGCUACAACGACGUCUUCAACAACCACUACAGCUCCUGCUGAAACAUCCACUACUACUGCAGGAGUUACCACAACAGCACCACAAACUAGUGUUACAACAACUGAAUCUUCUACAGCAUCCACAACAACAGCAGCGCCCUCAACAACCACUACAACUGUUACUGAAUCAUCCACCACUACUGCAGGAGUUACCACAACAGCACCACAAACUAGUGUUACAACAACUGAAUCUUCCACAACAGCUACAACAACAGCGGUGCCCUCAACAAGCACUACAACUGUUACUGAAUCAUCGACCACUACUGCAGGAGUAACCACAACAGCACCACAAACUAGUGUUACAACAGCUGAAUCUUCUACAACAGUUACAACAACAGCAGCACCCUCAACAACCAUUACAACUGUUACUGAAUCAUCCACCACUACUGCAGGAGUAACCGCAACAGCACCACAAACUACUGUUACAACAACUGAAUCUUCCACAACAGCUACAACAACAGCAGCACCCUCAACAAGCACUACAACUGUUACUGAAUCAUCGACCACUACUGCAGGAGUUACCACAACAGCACCACAAACUAGUGUUACAACAACUGAAUCCUCCACAACAGCGGUGCCCUCAACAACCACUACAACUGUUACUGAAUCAUCCACCACUACUACAGGAGUUACCACAACAGGACCAGAAACUACUGUUACAACAACUGAAUCUUCCACAACAGCUACAACAACAGCAGGUCCCUCAACAACCGCUACAACUGUUACUGAAUCAUCCACCACUACUGCAGGAGUUACCACAACAGCACCACAAACUAGUGUUACAACAACUGAAUCCUCCACAACAGCGGUGCCCUCAACAACCACUACAACUGUUACUGAAUCAUCCACCACUACUACAGGAGUUACCACAACAGGACCAGAAACUACUGUUACAACAACUGAAUCUUCCACAACAGCUACAACAACAGCAGCGCCCUUAACAACCACUACUCUUGCUGAAUCAUCCACCACUACUGCAAGAGUAACCACAACAGCACCACAAACUAGUGUUACAACAGCUGAAUCUUCCACAACAGCUACAACAACCGCGAUGCCCUCAACUAUACUUUGUCCAAAUGACAGUCCAUGCACAAUACCAACAACUUCAACCCCAACAAGUUCUUUCUCUGUCACAACAACUCUUACUGAGUCAUCCACCAUUAGUGCACCAGUCACUGCCACAGCAUCUCAAACCACACAGUCCUCUUUGACUAAUCCCUCUUCAGCUGCUUCUCAUAGUACAGCUGUUAGCACAGCUGAAACAUUCACAACACCAACAGGUUCAUCCACAGCCCCAACAUCUAUUACUGGAACAUCCACCAGCAGUGAAGCAAUAACCACAACAGUGGUACAAUCAUCAACUUCUACUUUGACUUCAGUCAGUUCCUCUUCACCAGCUGCUGACACAUCCACCACUAGUGCUACAACAGUCAUUCCUUCUACAGUCUCUACAGCGUCUACAGCUUCUACAGUGUCAUCCACAUCUACUCAGUUUACAGCAUCUACAGUAGCAUCAACAGAGUCUACAACAUCUACAGAGUCUACAGUUUCUACAAAGUCUACAGCUUCUACAGCAUCUGCAGAGCCUACAGCUUCUACAGCUUCUACAUUGUCUACAGCUUCUACAGUGUCAUCCACAUCUGCUCAGUCUACAGCCUCUACAUCAUCUACAGAUUCUAUAGCUUCUACAGCUUCUAUAGCUUCUACAGUGUCAUCCACAUCUGCUCAGUCUACAGCUUCUACAGCACCUACGGUCUCUACAACAUCUACAACUUCUACAGCAACUACUGCACAAACAGUACCUGUGGUGCUAACAGAUCUGGAGUUUCGUUCUUUGGACACAUUUAUAGAUGCACUCAGCAAUAGCAGCACUGAGGAAUUCAAGGACAGGUCUAAGCUUGUCAAAGAUGAGCUUGAGCCCAUCUACAAAAUCAAGUAUGCUAACUUCCUCAGAGUGAUUGUCCUAGGAUUCAGACGAGGGUCAAUCAUCACAUCAACACAACUAGCUUUCAGCUUAAAUCAAACUAUCCCAUCUGUUGAAGAGAUUUCGAACACCCUCUUGACAGCAGUGGAAAACGCAGAUGUCAAUCUAUUGAACAUAAUUCCUCAAUCAAUUUCAGUCAAUGGUUCAGAGUCUACAGUUUCUACAGCAAUUACAGAGUCUACAGCUUCUACAGGCUCUACAGCUUCUACAGAUUCUAGAGUGUCUAUAGCUUCUACAGUGUCAUCCACAUCUGUUCAGUCUACAGCCUCUACAAAGUCUACAGCAUCUACAGAGUCGACAGCUUCUACAGCAUCUACAGAGUCUACAGCUUCUACAGCAUCUACAGAGUCUACAGCUUCUACAGCAUCUACAGAGUCUACAGCUUCUACAUUGACAGUGUCUACAGCAUCUACAGAGUCUACAGCUUCUACAGCAUCUACAGAGUCGACAGCAUCUACAGAGUCUACAGAGUUGACAGUGUCUACAGUUUCUACAGCAUCUACAGACAUCUACAGAAUCUACAGCUUCUACAGGGUCUACAGUUUCUACAGCAUCUACAGAGUCUACAGCUUCUAUAACAUCUACAGAAUCUACAGUUUGUACAGCUUCUACAACAUCUACAGCAUCUACAGAAUCUACAGCUUCUACAGGGUUUACAGUUUCUACAGAGUCUACAGCAUCUACAGAGUCUACAGCAUCUACAGAGUCUACAGUCUCUACAUCUUCUACAACAUCUACAGAGUCUACUUCUACAGAGUCUAA